UGGAACAAUGGCGGGUCGAGUAUGUUCCUCCAUUUCCGCCAUGGAUGCGACAGUGAAGAAGCUCCUGCUCAAACUGUAAUGCGAAGAAGCAGAAGAAAGAAGAAGGAAUCUCUCUCUCUCCUCUUCCAUUUUAAUACUGUUUUCUUUUCAGUUCCUGAUCUUCUCGAUUUCGCACAACGAUUUUCUUUUCAAAAAGCCACCUCUCAGAUGCAUCCAAAAUCCAUGGCUUCCGCGUACUUCGCAUUAUUAAAAAGCAUGAAGGCAUAGGGGCUCGUGUUCUUGCUCGAGAGAGAGAAGAGGAAUCCUCUAGUUGCUGUCCAAAUCUUCGUGCCGUUUUCUGCUUGGAUUUCGCUUCUGUUUCCAAAUCUUACAAAUCUGCGUUAAUGGUAGCCAUUACUCCUGCUACCUCCUUCUCCUUUAUGAAGAACAACGAUCGUCGCCAUUGCCAUAUCUUCUCUACCUCCAAUGGCGACUUACGCUUUGCUUGGCGACUCCGCUGUCCGCAUUAAUGGCGGUUUCGAUGACGGUUCUCUGACCAGCAACUCGACGAACAGCAACGGCAGCGAAGAACUUAAUCAACAGAUUGUUCAAGUUCCUGUUCAGGUUUCUCAACCGCCGCCGCGAUUACCGCCUGGAAAAAUGGUGCGGAAGAGAAUCGCGUCGGAGAUAGAGAUCGAAGAACUCGACGGCGGAGGCGGCGGUACCGCCGCCGUUCAUCCACGGUUUUGUCGGCGGAGUUUGGCUUCCGAUCGUCCUUUUGCAGGUGGAGAAAAUAAGACGAAUGAGAAUGUGGAUAACUAUUGUUCUUCUUCAAACCCUAGCCAUGGCGCUAACCACUCCACUGUGCAUAAUUUAACCGCUCUGACGUCAGUUGUGGUCGCAGGGUCAAAUUUAUCAAAUCCUCCGUCUGGUUCUGAUGCUACGGCUUCUUCCACUACCUCCAAUGUCUCGUCUCUUAUUGAUAGUACUCUUCCUGUUCUUCGUCCUCAGCCCCACCAUCGCCAUUUGCAGAAUCCUGCAGUCUGUGGGUUUUCUGGAUUACCCUUGUUCCCACCCGAAUCGAAUCACCACCACCACCACAACAAGUUAAAUACUCGCAAUAAUCCUUUCCCCAUUCCUAAUCCAUGUCAGGUUGUUCUUCAUAAUCCUCCAACUUCUACAACGACCUCCAUUAUCGCCGCCGCUUCUACUCCAAUGGAUGAUUCCUCCGCCACUGCUUGGAUCGACGGUAUUAUCAAGGAUUUAAUCCACAGCUCCACUGCCGUAUCCAUUCCUCAGCUUAUUCAGAACGUUCGUGAUAUUAUCUACCCUUGUAACCCCAAUCUUGCGAACCUUCUUGAGUUUCGUCUUCGUACUUUGACAGAACCUAACGUUCCUAACUUCGCCGCUGAGGAUCAGCGUGUUAGGAAAUCGCCCUUGCCGUCACCAGCGCCGGUGGGCGGCUUGGGGCUGCAGCAGAGGCAGUUCAAUCAAGAACAGGAUUGUUCUGGGUUGAAGCUUAAUCUCGAUUCUUCUCUGCAUAAUCUUCCUAAUUUCUCCUCUCAGCCUCCGUUUCAUGACCCAUACCUCCACUGGGGAGCCACUCCUACCCCAGCCCCCACUCCCUCCGUCGCCACCACCGGCGGCGAGGUUCCCGGUCAUCAACUUAAUCUCUCUUCUGUUCCACAUUCAUCACUUAUUCCUCUAAACCAUAUCCCUUCUAAGCCACAGCCAGAACAGCAAAACUCCUGUCCGGUCAAUGUGAAGGCAGCGGUGGCGGCGGCCGCACAGCCAUCUCCCUCGCCGCCGACGAGUAAUGAUCCUUCAACGACUGCGUUACUGAUUAGAGAGAUAAAAGAGGAGAUGAGGCAACAGAAGAGAGACGAAGAAGGGUUACAUCUCUUGACUUUGCUUCUUCAAUGUGCAGAAGCCGUUUCUGCCGAUAAUUUAGAAGAAGCCAAUAAGAUGCUACUGGAAAUCUCGGAGUUGUCGACGCCCUUCGGCACAUCGGCGCAAAGAGUGGCGGCGUAUUUCUCAGAAGCAAUGUCGGCGAGGCUUGUGAGUUCAUGUUUAGGCAUAUACGCCGCUUUGCCGCCGACGUUAUUGCCCCAUACACACAGCCAGAAGAUAGCCUCAGCCUUUCAAGUCUUCAAUGGCAUAAGCCCAUUUGUCAAAUUCUCACACUUCACAGCCAAUCAAGCCAUUCAAGAAGCCUUCGAAAGGGAAGAGAGAGUUCACAUCAUAGAUCUAGACAUCAUGCAAGGUCUUCAAUGGCCAGGCCUCUUCCACAUCUUGGCGUCUCGGCCGGGUGGGCCGCCCUAUGUCCGCCUCACUGGGCUGGGGACCUCUCAGGAAGUUCUUGAGGCCACUGGCAAACGCCUCACUGAAUUCGCCGAGAAGCUUGGCCUUCCGUUUGAUUUCUUUCCUGUUGCAGAUAAAAUUGGCAAUCUGGACUUGGAGAGGCUCAACGUGAGCCAGAGGGAAGCCGUUGCCGUCCAUUGGAUGCAGCAUUCUCUUUACGAAGUCACUGGUUCUGAUUCCAAUACGCUCUGGCUUCUGCAGAGAUUGGCUCCAAAAGUGGUGACGGUGGUCGAACAAGAUCUGAGCCACACAGGCUCCUUCUUGGGAAGAUUCGUAGAGGCCAUUCAUUACUAUUCAGCACUGUUUGACUCUUUGGGUGUCAGCUAUGGCGAAGAGAGUGAAGAGAGGCACUUAGUGGAGCAGCUACUGUUAUCAAGGGAGAUCAGAAACGUGCUGGCCGUCGGAGGACCGUCGAGGAGCGGCGAAGUGAAGUUCCAAAACUGGAGAGAAAAGCUGCAACAAUCUGGGUUUAAGGGCAUUUCUCUGGCCGGUAAUGCUGCAACUCAGGCCACUCUCCUCCUCGGAAUGUUCCCUUCCGAUGGAUAUACGCUUGUGGAAGACAAUGGGACUUUGAAACUUGGGUGGAAGGAUCUAUGCUUGCUGACAGCGUCAGCUUGGAAGCCGCCGUUUCAUCACCAUGCUGCGGGCAACCACAUUCCUAGGUACUGACAUUUUUGCAUUUUUGAUUCUAUAUAGUGGUGUUGAUUUUGUUUGAUAAUAUCGUCAUAAUCAUUAUCAUUAUUCCCUUA